ACCUUGGAGGAGAGAAUUUGCUCCCAUUUGCCGGGGGAGUCCAAGAGCUAGGGUCCGUUGUUGAGGUGGUUUCAACAGUGACGAUGUAUAGGGGGGUAGAUCCUCUAGUGGUUGGACGUGUGAUAUCAGAUGUUUUGGACCCCUUCAACAGGUCCAUACGCCUUAGAGUUAUCCAUGGCAACAGAGACGUGAUUAAUGGUUGUGAGUUUAGACCCUCUCAGGUUGUUAGCCAGCCUAGGGUUGAGAUUGGAGGUGAUGAUUUUCGUAGCUUCUAUACUCUGGUGAUGGUAGACCCUGAUGCUCCAAGUCCCAGUAAUCCAAACCUUCGGGAAUAUUUGCACUGGUUGGUCACUGAUAUUCCAGCCACCACAGGAGCAUCAUUCGGCCAAGAAAUUGUGUGCUAUGAGAGUCCACGGCCAUCAAUGGGAAUCCACCGCUUCGUCUUUGCGCUUUUCCGACAGCUUGGGCGGCAGACAGUCUAUGCUCCGGGGUGGCGCCAGAACUUCAGCACCAGGGACUUUGCUGAACUUUACAAUUUAGGUUCGCCUGUUGCAGCAAUUUACUACAAUUGCCAGAGGGAAGGUGGAUCUGGAGGCAGAAGAUCAUCAUGAAAAGCCAUCUGUACAAUUAAUGUUAUGUUAUUUUAACAUAACAGUACAGGUGUGCUGAUGAUCACGUCUUUCCUAAUUGUAUGUGUCAACAGUGGCUCCUUAUCUACCUUUUGAUUACUCGAACUCGUAGCCUCUCAAUUAUUAUAAGUGAAGAGUUUUAUCAGUUGAGCUGUACUUCACCUGAAAACAAGUAAAAAUAAGUGUAUCUUGCUACUCUUAGUACUACUUAGGUGAUUUGUCAGGGCCACAGAGUCGUAUCUGCUUUAUUAAUACUAGUAAGAAAUGAUC